ACAACAUGAAGGUAUAGUCUGCAGUGACAGAAGGCACACAGUGUGCGCUGGAGUAAAUCCAACUUUAUGAUGGCGGCGUUUAGUUAUUUUGGUGUAAAAGACGGGCAGUAGUCGGUGGGAAACUCUGGCUUGACCAUCCCGACGCGAGUUGAGCCACCAUGGGGACACGGUGGUCUCGUAGCGAGAGCAGCCUGUCGCUGCUCCCGGAGAGGCAGAGCUCUGUGCGGCGGGGAGAGGACAGAGACACCGAUAACGAGUCUCUGGAUGGGCACGUCAGGCGGGAGGACAUAGCUCAGUUCCCCUACGUGGAGUUCACCGGCAGGGACAGCAUAACGUGUCCGACAUGCCAAGGCUCGGGACGGAUACCCUCAGAUCAAGUGAAUGAACUGGUUGCAUUGAUCCCGUACAGCGACCAAAGGCUGCGCCCCCAAAGAACGAAGCUGUAUGUGGUCCUGUCAGUUGUGUUGUGCCUCCUGGCGUCUUCACUCGUGGCCUUCUUCCUCUUCCCUCGCUCCGUGAUCGUGGUGGAUGAUGGGAUACACUCGGUGACGGUGCACUUCGACCACACCAACAUGAAGGUUCAAAUGAACAUGACGAGCACUCUGAACCUCAGCAACCCAAACUUCUUCUCCGUGCUGGUACAGAGUGUGAACUGCCAGGUCCUUUACAUGAAGACGGUGAUCGGCACUCAGCAGCUUAACAACGUCACCAACAUCCUGCCGCUGAGUCAGAGACAGGUGAACUACACUGUCAGUGUGGAGAUUGGAAGCAGUGCACCCUACGUCUAUGCCUUCUGCACCAUGCCCAGCAUUAAGGUCCACAACAUUGUUGUAUAUAUGCAAACCUCGGUGAAAACCUCAUACAUGGUGCGAACAUCCCAGAACAGCCUGGAGGCCUAUCGCUACAUAGACUGUGGCUCCAACACCACACAGCACCUCUCCUCUGCCCACCACAGCACCACUCUGCUGUGAGAGGAACACACCACUUCUCUGGACGAGGUGACGGAGAUGUCAGCGCACACUCCAGGAUUUUGCCGACAUGACCACCAGCAAAAUACCAAAUGGUGCUUUCCUGUAAGCUGACACAGAACAGGGAACGUUAAGUAGCUGUUCACUCGUGCCUUUGAAUGACGAAGCUGGAAAACAGACAGGAAAAAGGCAGCAGCUAUUUUUUUUUAACUGCACAUUGGUCUUCAUUGGCAGCAGAUAAAGGUUUUGUUGCGGUUGUUGUUGUGCAGAGAAUUUGUUGCCCGAGCAGCCACUUAUGGUUUGUACUUUGGGCCUGACGAUGGCCUGAACUCAUCAUGGCUAAAAUCCAAGUUUAAAAAGGCAGUCUUGCUAUGUCAAACUUGCUGACAGAACGAAUCACAUGUUCUACUGGUGAGAACGGAGUGACAAAUUAAAUGAGUCAUUGCCAACGAGCGCUCAGCGGCUCCAGAUUUCGGACUCGAGACAAAUGUCAGAGAAAGCUCUUCUCUGUGAGGGGAAUGGCCGGCAUUCCAAGCUCACAAUGACAUCGACGUGCCAGAGCAGCGAUAGCAUUCUAUUUUGCUCUCGCUUUAAUUAACGCUGCAGAGCUCUGUCUGUGUCUGCUGCUGAUGUAACAUCAGGCGAGCUUUCUUCAGCAUAGCUUGAAUGACUUUUGGUUUUGUAACACUGUGUCGGACUGAAGGCGGCUGACUUUACGAAAAGGAGAAGUGAAGUAGCUGGCAUGCUGUUUUCUAUUUUGAGGGAUAAUUUAACGAGUGUUUUUGCACCUUGAAACUAGGACAAACUGUUGAACAUAUUGCUUUUUCCUGUGUUAUUUAACUGUUACUGAAGUUGGAAAUGGCAUUGACACAUUUAACAUGUCGCAGAUGUUUUAAAUGAACCGAUUAUUAUUUUUGGUAGCUCUCAUCGCAGCAAGUCUAAGCACACUGAUUUUAGAUUCUGGGUAUUUCAUCCAAAGAAGUGUCAUAAAGAGAAAUACUGUUCUCAGACCAGGGUUUCUUCAAGUAUCAGUAAAGCUCAUGUGUUGAUAUUAACUAGGUUACUGUGGAGUUAGUUACAGGGUCAGUCAGGUCCAAAGGUCUGUAUUGUUCACACUCCUGGCUGAGACACUGAAAGAGAAAUGUACUAAGUGCUGUUAAACAUCUGUAUGCACCAUCCUGUCCACUGUGGCCUUAAAAAUCCAGAUGUGCAACAGCAAACAGCAUUUAAACAUCAUGUGUGUUUGUCAGACUGUAGUAGACCUACACUGUGACUUCCUCUGCCUUAUCCUUCAUCUGUGUGUUUUAAUCAGCUCCUCCCCCAUCUGUUCUCUACAGACGUGUGUGAUCAGGUUGAUUUCACAUUUCACGUCAUUUUUAAAGGGACAGUUGUUUGUAAAUUUGUGAAUGAAAGGUUUUACUAGUGUUUUUUUUUAAAAUUCAGUAUAUAUUGUCUUGCCAAACGAAAUAUUAAAGGGACGUGUGAUUAAAUAAAACUAAUUAUGAACCAGUAUAUUUUGUUUCAGAGUCUUCUUAUGCCUCAGGGCUGAUGAAACUGUGACAUGCCGUAAUGGGGCAUUAUGUUUUUUAAGGUGUCCACCUAUCAGUCCCAUUUCAGUGCUCCUUGAGGACAUUUUUCUUCAGAUUUGUCAUAAAUAUCCACUCUGCAAUGAAUUAGAUUUUGGUUGUUAAAAUUCACUGUGACCUCAUAUUCAUCCCAUUCUUGUGAAGGCUUUGUCUCAGGAACAGCUUGAGGAAGUGCAUUCAAAUUUGGCACAAAUGCAAUUUCUUUCUAUGAUGUACAGACCGCAACACUCAUUCAUUCGUUUACUGAGUGUGUGUUUACUGGAAAAACUGCACCCAUACUUUAAUCCUUGUAAUAAUGAAUAUGGUUCAAACCUGGGGCUGAUGAUAGUUGUUCCUGUCAAUCGUACAGAGUGAAUGGAAGCUUCAGAAACUCUGAUUUGUGAUAUGCAGUGAUAUUCACUAAAAUGCAACUUAUGUGUUUGAUUGCAAUGAAGAGUUUUGUCAAAAAACAGAAGAGUUGAUUAUUCUAAAAAGGAAAUAAUAUGAUUUAUCUAUGGAUAAGAUGUUUCAUAACAAAUCUAUUUCUUUUGAAUUGAUUUUGAUCAGGGGAAUUACCCACAAUGCAAAGGUUAAAAUGGCAAUGAUGUAAUUCCCUGUUGUAAACUAGAAUUAUUGCCUUGUGGUUGUAUGCCGUCGAGAACCAGUCAAGUUUCAGUUGCAGUUUAUAUCCAUGUUAAUUCAGACUUACAUGUAACCAUGAUAGCAAACAAUAAUUUAAAUAAAGAUGAUGAAAGCCA